CCUACACAUUCAACAUUUUGCUUUGAUACUCCAACACUACACUAUGUUGAGGAUAUCAAAUUUAUCUCAGAAAUUUUAUUCGCACCCACUUGGACUACAGCGUUUUUUGAAACCGUACAAUCUCAGUUCUCAAAGAAAUAUAACAGUUGGAUUUGGAAAUUAUAAAAUAAAUUCCAUAUCUCAUGAAUUUGAUCAAUUUCAAAAGGGACAAGUUAUUAAUGGCUUCAUAGUGGAUGAAGUUGGAAAAGUAGAUGAAAUACAAUUGACAGCAGUGCGAUUAACUCAUUUGGGCUGUGGAGCUCAGUAUUUGCAUUUAGCUAGAGAUGAUAAUAACAAUGUAUUUUCUGUUGGAUUUCGUACAACUCCAAAAGAUUCUACGGGUUUACCUCAUAUCUUGGAGCACAUUACUCUUUGUGGUAGUGAGAGAUAUCCAUGCAGAGAUCCAUUCUUUAGAAUGCUGAGAAGGUCACUAGCUACCUUUAUGAAUGCAAUGACAGGACCUGAUUAUACUAUAUAUCCAUUUUCUACACAAAACUUAAAAGAUUAUCAAAAUUUGCAAUCAGUAUAUUUGGAUUCAGUGUUUAAACCAAAUCUACGAGAACUUGAUUUUAAACAAGAAGGUUGGAGAUUGGAACAUGAAGAUGUUAAUAAUAAAAAUUCACCAAUAAUUUUCAAAGGAGUAGUUUUUAAUGAGAUGAAAGGUGUUUUCAAUGAAAAUCAGGCUAUAUUAGCUGAGCGCUUACUGAAUAGCAUUUUACCCAGUCAUACGUAUUCAGUAAUUUCUGGAGGAGACCCUCUUGUUAUUCCUAAUCUGAAACACAUUGAUUUGGUCAAUUUUCAUCGAACAUAUUAUCAUCCUUCAAAUAGUCGAUUCUAUUCUUAUGGCAAUUUCCCUUUAAAAGAUCACAUAAAAUUCAUUAAUGAUCGUUAUUUAUUUUUAGUAGAUAAAAUUGAUACAUCUAUGUCAGUAGUUCCUUCAGAAACACGUUGGAAUAAACCAAGGAAAGAACACAUUUUGUGCAGACCAGAUCCUAUGGUUGCAAAUUCUAAUCGACAAGGUACAAUAGCUAUAGGAUAUUUGUGUAAUGAUAUAAAUGAGAUACAAAAAACAUUUGAAAUGCAAGUCUUAGCUCAACUUCUUUUAAGAGGACCAAACUCAGCAUUUUAUAAAUCUUUAGUGGAAUCAGAUUUAGGAGUUGCUUUUGGUCCAAUGACAGGUUACGAUGCUCACUGUAAAGAUACAAUGUUUGUUUUAAGUUUACUUGGUGUUAAGGAAGAACAUUUUGAAAAGAUAGAACGUAUCUUUGAUGAAACUGUGCAAUCAAUUAUUGAAAAUGGUUUUAAAACAGAUCAAAUUGAAGCGGUUUUACAUAGCAUUGAACUUCACAUAAAACAUCAGACAUCUAAUUUUGGUUUGCAAUUACUUUUCAAUUUAACACCACUAUGGAAUCACGAUGGAAAUCUAAUACAAGCAAUGAGAAUCAAUGAAGCAAUUAGAAAGUUUAGAGAAGAAAUGAGAAAAAAUCCCAAAUACCUACAAAAAUUAGUUAAAACAUACUUAAUGGAAAAUACUCACAAAUUAACCGUAACAAUGUCGCCAUCUGAACAAUACGAUUAUAACACAAUGAUUGCUGAACGUAAAUUGUUAGAAUCAAAAUUGACACAACUUUCCAAGGAUGAGUUGGAACAAAUUUAUGUUGAUGGACAUAUAUUAUUGCAAGAGCAACAGAAAAAAGAAGAUGUGAAUGUUCUACCUACAUUAAAAAUUGAAGAUAUAAAAACAGAUGUUGACCGGUGUAACUGUAUAGAAACAAAGGUAGCUGAUAUUCCGCUACAGGUAGCUGUUGAACCAACAAAUAAUGUUUGUUAUUACAGAGGAAUUCUCAAUACGCAAGGGCUAAAUGAUGAAUUAAAAAAUUUGUUACCACUCUUUAAUAAUAUUAUUACAAAAAUGGGUACAAAAAAUUACGACUACAGAAAUUUUGAUCAAAUGAUAAGGUUAAAAACUGGAGGUUUAAGUUUUAUGUCUCAUGUUGUAGAACAUAAAAAUAAUUUAUUGCAAUAUGAAGAAGGAAUACUGAUAGAAUCGUAUUGUUUAGAUCGCAAUGUAAACGAUAUGUGGAAAUUGUGGUUAGAAGUGUUCAAUAAUGUAAAAUUAUCUGAUAUUCAAAGAUUUGAAACACUGGUCAAAACAAAUGCAGCAGAUUUAAUUAAUGGAAUUGCAGACUCAGGACACAUAUAUGCAAUGAGUAGUGCAGCCAGUUUAGUCUCACCAGUUACCAAGUUUAAGGAAACUUUAUCAGGACUGCAGUUUGUCAAUAGAAUGAAAAAAAUCGCGCAAAUGCAAGAUUUAAGCUCCAUAUUUCAUAAAAUGCAAGUAAUAUCUGAACAUGUUUUGAGUAAACAAUACCUACGAUCAGCAAUCAAUUUAUCUGAAAAUAGUAAAGAUAACACAUUAAAUAGUAUUGCCGAUUUCUAUAAAGCAUUGAAGGGUACACCUGAGAACGUAUAUAUCUAUACAAAUAAUGAAGAUAUUGAAAUGGAAAACAGUGCUAUCCACUAUGUAUUACCAUAUACAGUAAAUUAUGUAGCAAAAGCAGUUUUUACUGUACCAUAUACCCAUACUAAUUUUGCACCUUUACAAAUACUUUCUAAACUGAUCACAUCAGUUUAUUUACACCCUGAAAUUCGUGAAAAAGGUGGAGCUUAUGGCGGUGGUGCAAAAUUAUCGUCAGAUGGAGUCUUUACAUUUUACUCUUAUAGAGAUCCUAAUUCCACUCGUACUUUAGAUUUAUUUGAUAAAGCGUAUGACUUUUUGUUAAAUUAUUCGUUCUCUCAAAGUGAUAUUGACGAAGCAAAAUUAGGAGUAUUCCAACGUAUCGAUGCUCCAACACCUCCAAGUAAUCGUGGUAUGAUUAAAUUUACGCAUGGUAUCACGGACAAUGAUAUUCAAGAAUACAGACAACAAUUGAAAGCUGUAACUAAAGAUCAACUUGUGUAUGUUGCCAAAAAAUAUUUAGAACCUGGUCAAAAAGACAUUAGAGUGGGACGUGCAUUGAUUGGACCAGUUAAUCGGGAUUUAUUAAGUAGGCACUCGGAAAACUGGGUAAUUCAAAAUCAAGAAGAAGAUGCUCAAGCAAGAGCGGUCGAAUGA